UUGCAGUCUUGCAGAGGAUUAGAACACACACACACUCUCUCUCAAGGGUUGCUAUUCUGCAGAAAGAUGUCGUCCAAAACCCUAGUUCGCCAAGGAGUUUCUUUGAUGAAUCGGUUAAUCAAUCCAAUCCUUCAACAGAAUUCGAGCACGAAGCAUCAAUUUGUAUCGCGGAGCUUCGAAAUCACUCCAAAGCUUUUAUCGCAAUCACCAUUUCUCUCCCAGUUUCAGCCCUCACUGCAUUUGCCCCAGAACGAUGCCGAGACACUGAAGAGAGUAUCUUGUGAAGGAUUCUUGUACCCUUGUGGCCUUCCUUCCCUCGAGUUCUUCCUUCCAGAUGUGGAUGACUCUUCAUCAAGUGACCCAAUGCUCUUAUUUCCAAAGCGAACUUACCAACCAAGCACCAUUAGGCGUAAAAGGAAACAUGGAUUCUUCGCUCGCAAAGCAACCAAGGGUGGUCGGAGAGUUAUUUCUCGAAGAAUUGCCAAGGGUAGGGCAAGAAUCACAGCUUAAUAACAUUUUCGUCUGGCUAGAUUUCUAUCAAAUGAGAUUUAAGUGUAGAAGGUUGGGUUAGUGAAUGGUAAGACUAAGCAAACAGGAAGAGAAACAUUGCUCCUAGUUGGUGGCUCAGCUUUUAUUGAACCGCGUUUAGAUUUGAAUUCAAUCCCAUAUGACUGUGCUUUUCUUUUGAAACUCUUCAUCUGUGCAUGUCAUGCUUUUGCCAUUAUAUUUCAUACAUAUGUUUGCAGGACUAUCUUAUCCAAAUUGCUGAGUUGAUCUGUGAGUUGGUGUUUCUGUUUUAAGAGUAUAAUUUGAACUUGAUAAGUUCUAUUAAAGGUGUUUUGGAAGGGAGUGGCCUUUAGUCACUUUUGAAGUUGCAAAACGAUUCUUUUACUAUCAAUGAAUGUGGUUAUGUUCCACGACAGCCUUGUCAAUUGAAGUAUGUGCUUUGUAUACAUCAUCAGCCUACUGGGUGUUGUUAAGUGGUUCCGUUGGUUCAAGAAACUCUCUCUCUCUCUCUCUCUCUCUCUCUCUCUC